AUGGAGCCUGGAAAGAUUGGAGACGUUUGGUCGAAAGAGACAUACAAGUCAAACUAUCGCCUGGCGUACAACCACAACAUUGCAGACUUCCCUGACCGAAUCCAAACAGCCAAUGCAGCGCGCUUGCUCCUGAAGAGCGCUGGAGACCCCGGAGAGAAGCUGCAUUUUGGAAGUUGGCCGGUCAAGGUGACAAGUGGGGAAUGCACAGGAAGCCAGCGAAGCCCCUACGCGGCAAAGAGUUUGGUCAAGGAGUCCAUCUACAGAACAGACUUCCGGCAUGGCCAGACUCCGGAGGCGGACCCUCACCUUGAAACCUUCCGACCGGUGGCUUUGCCCGGCAAGACGUGGAGCACGGAGCUUUGGGUGCGCAGUCUGCCCAAGUACUGA